UUAAGGCAGGUACCUGUAUAUAAGGAAGGAGUGGACUCCCCCAAAGGGAGACUAAAACUCUUUAAUAGCUGAAUAUCUUACCCAUUUUUGCAUUCUCCGUUUACUUCGUUGUUGAAAAACUCUAACCAGGAGAGCAACCCAAUGGCGGCGCAGCCAAGUGAUGGAUCAAGAAAUUCGGAUCAAGCAGAACAACCUGCAGAUGUUCGUGUAAGCGUUGGAUUAGCCCCUUCUGAAUCCGGAGGUGCUCCAGAAAUAUCGAAAGAGGAAGUGGAUGGACACUACUACCGACCAUUGCUGCAAGCUGCAUUCAAGGGUGAUUGGGAAUCUGCUAAAAGAUUUUUUGAACGAGAUUCUGCUUCAAAGACGGCCAAAAUAACAAGCAGAUCAGAAACAGUGCUUCACAUAGCCGCUUUGAGUGCACAAGACCAAUUUCUGGAGAACCUGGUUGAGCUCUUGUCUCCAUGUCUGGAAGCGCUUGAAAUGGUUGAUUGUAAUGGCCGCACAGCCCUCCACAAUGCUGUCCUGUGUGGAAGGAUAAGGAAGGUCAAGGCAUUAGUUAGAAGUAAUCCUAAGUUGACGCAACUUGCAGAUAAUGAAGGACGUGUUCCUUUGGCAAUAUCUUCUCUGGAAGCUUCUAUGCAUAAGGAGAUUGCCUGGUUCCUGGCAAAAAGUACGACAAAUGAUGGGCCAAGUAAUCCCUUCAGCGGUCCCUCUGCGAUUAAACCCAUUUUAGAUUUCACCUACUCUGGUCAUCAUGAUAUCACCCUUUAUCUAGUCUGGCGGUACCCUCACUUACUUACCAUGAAAAACACAAACUAUGCCAACCCAUCUAUACUGCACGUGUUGGCGGUGAUGCCGAAUCAGUUUCCCAGCGGAACCAGGCUCAGUGUUUUGGAAGCAUUGAUAUACAAAUGUAUUCCGGUGGACUUGAACUACAAACCAACAGAUAAAAAUUCGGAUCCAUUGCUUCAAUAUCUUACAAGGUCACUUUGGAAUGCCGCCAAAUUUGUAGUUCCUAUAAUCAAGAGAGUUCACGAGGUGAAGCUGAGACACCUAUCGGCAGCCGAGCUGGCAAAACAAGUUUGCAUUGCAAUCUCUUAUAUGAAUACUACCGAGAUCGCCCAGUUUAUUGAAGAGGGUUUGUUGUUUCAAGCUACAAGCAGGGGAAUCAGAGAAAUGGUGAAGCUAUGUAUUAAGUUUUUCCCGGAGCUUAUUUGGAUUUCGCCUCAUGGUAGAAGUUUGAUGGCACAUGCUGUGAAGUUUCGCCAAGAAAGGACUCUCGGACUCUUUUUAAAGGUAAGCUCAACCAGUGAGUUGUCAAUAGUUCCGGCGCCUACGUGGGAAGAAUCGAACGAUGUGAUGUCCAUAGCAGCUAAAUACAACCCUAAGUUCGAUGCAGUAACUAAAGUUGCCGGAGCAGCUUUUCAAAUGCAAAGAGAACUCCAAUGGUUUAAGGCUGUGGAAAAGUGGAUUGAACCUUUUGUGAGAAUCGUCACAUUUGAUUCCAAAUCAUAUUGGGACAUAUUCGUGGAGCAACACAAUGAGUUGCUUGAGAAAGGAGAGAAGUGGGUGAAGGACACAGCAAAUUCAUGUAUGCUCGUCUCAACUCUAAUUGCUACAAUAUUAUUCGCUGCUGCAUUCACUGUGCCUGGAGGGAAUAACGGAAAUACUGGAGUGCCAUUGUUGUUAGGAGAGGACUCUCUCCUGGUUUUCGCAAUUUCGGAUGCUUUAGGUUUGUUCUUCUCCGUGACGGCCAUCUUGCUAUUCCUAGCCAUCUUAACUUCGCGGUAUGAGCCACAAGAUUUUCUUGAAUCAUUGCCUAAGAAGAUUAUAAUGGGCCUUUGUUUUCUCUUCCUCUCCUUGGCUUUCAUGCUGGUGGCCUUCGCUGCAACUCUCACAAUUGUGCUAGGUAAGAGGCUGGAGUGGGUUCUCAUUCCCGUUACUCUGCUAACCUGCCUCCCCGUGGCUUUAUUCGUAGCACUACAGCUUCCCCUGCUGUACCAAAUGGUUAAAUCCACAUAUGGGCCGAGCAUCUUUCGUGCCGAGGACAUUUGGAAGUGAGGCUUAAUUAUCGGACGAGAUCAUGACGAAUUUGAUUUGAGCGUAUAAGUCUUGGUCAUAGUUGGUUGUAGCGGGUCCAAUAUGAUAUUGUAUUUCCUUAAAGCAUAUGGACAAUUUCUAUGCAAAAUUAUGUUUCCCUACCUUGUUACAAAAAAUCUAUGUAUAAAAUCACCGGAUCAAUUUAAAUUUUCA